CCUCUUUUUCAUUGUUUUUUUUUUUUUAAAUAUUUUUUGUUUGUGUGCGUCAAAGACGAAGUCAAACCCACGUGGUCGUAGUGGUUGUAUCAUACAACGUGUAUGUAUUAGUAUUGAGAAACGCAGAUAGAUCCUGUUGUGAAUUGUUAAUUCAGCGAUAUUUGUCAGAUCAGCAAUUUUUCCUCGUCCAUUCACGUUUCAAAUUCUUAUGUAUAUAUUUAUGUUCAUGUAAUUGAAAAAGUACAUGAUAAUUAGUAAUAACAAACCGACGAAUAUUCAAACGAAGACACGUGAAACUGGGAUAGCGUAAAAGACGUUUUCUUUCGAUGAUCUAUGGACUUCUGCGGCCGUUUUUUAUCAAUACAACCAAAAUGGUAAAAGAUACAUUAUCUAUUCAUCUGCCCUCGAGACUUACGUCAAAUGUUUGCCCAUCACCAGUUCGCGAUUAUGAGGCAGCUGUUUCAACACUGAACUCCCUCCAAACUAACACAGCCCUUCUUGAUUCAUAUAAGAAACAAGGGAGACGCAACCACUCAGUGCAACAGUUAAACUUGUCUGAAACUGUAAAAUACUUAUCUAGGACAAAUGUUACUCUGGAGCAGUUGGAUACACUGUCUGUUAUUCAUGUCACUGGCACAAAAGGGAAAGGUUCAACUUGUGCAUUUUGUGAAUCCAUACUUCGCCACCAUGGUUUUAAGACUGGAUUCUACUCUUCCCCUCAUCUAGUAUCUGUAAGGGAGAGAAUUCGUAUCAAUGGAAUACCUUUAUCUGAAGAACAGUUUACAGCUUAUUUUUGGCAAGUGUAUCGUGCUUUGUAUGAUGCGAAGGAAAAUGAACAUGACAUGCCACCAUACUUCAGAUUUCUGACAGUUAUGGCAUUCAAUGUUUUUCUGAUUGAGAAAGUUGAUGUGGCAAUUGUAGAGGUAGGAAUUGGAGGAGAAUAUGACUGCACGAAUGUGUUACGAAAAGUUCCUGUUGUUGGCAUUACUUCUUUGGGAAUGGAUCAUAUGAGCUUAUUAGGCAACAGUAUAGAAGAAAUAGCCUGGCAGAAAGGUGGAAUCUUCAAACCAGGUGCUACAGCAUUUACUGUGAAUCAACCUUCUGGUGUUUGGGAUGUUCUGAGCAAAAGAGCCAAUGAACGUGAGUGUAUAUUGGAAGUUGUUCCACCAUUGGAGGAAUACGAUUGGGGCAGUGUUGAUGUGAUGUUGCCACAUUCAAAACGAGUUCAAACCCUAAAUGCAUCAUUAGCCCUGCAGUUGGCAAAUGCUUGGAUGUUAAGAAGGAAAUCAGAUUGCACAUACUGAGAUGUUAUGACUAUUCUAAUCUUUAAUGUGGGAGGAGAGAGAGAUAUAUUCAAUUUUCUGGCACCUCUAAUUAAAUGCAAGUUUGAUGUAGCUGUAUUUUGCCCUAAUGUAGUUGAGAGGUGUGUUCCUGCAACUUCAGAUCAGGCAAAUUUAAAGGUAUCUGCAGACCAACAACAAACUUCCAGUAAAAGAAUUCAUAAGAUAUGGAACAGUUUUUCUGAAGAUUUGUUAAACAACAAAGAUGUGGAAACCAAAAAUGAACAAUGUGAAGAAACAACUAAUGUACUAAAGCGAAGUUACUUUUUUCCUUGUGUUUUUGAUGCUGUUACAUUUGUAGAAAAUCAGGCAGUAAUGCAUAACAAAAAAAUACAUGUGUUGGUGACAGGUUCAUUACAUCUUGUAGGGUGUGUUUUGAGUAUAUUAGAUCCAGAACUCUCUAUUCCUUCUUCACAUUUUCUAGCUGAAAAACACUUUGUCAGUGCUUAAUGUUGUGUAUGAAAAAUUAAUUGUACUGUGAAAUUUUAUAUUUAUGUAUAUAAUUUUGAAUGUUAUCUCUUUAUGGUUGUUUAUUAAAUUUUUUAAAAAUUUUAUACCAUU